GCUCCUUCCAAAUUUUUCUUUGGCUGGAAUUCAGCUUUAUAGUAACAACUAAUAGCAAAAAUAAGCAGUCAGUAACGAUCGUACAUUCUAAAUCAAACUUUAACGUGGCCUAAGCUGUCUAUGUAAACAAGAAUUAAUUAGACCUCUUUAAUGUUCAAUAUGUUUUCAUUUGAUGGAAGUUUAUUUUGUUUAUUUAUUUUCAUUAGUUUAAUUUCAUGUAUAAAAUGCUACUUUGUAAAUGUAGAUGCUCAUGCGGAGGAAUGUUUUUACGAUAAGGUGACAGCCGGGACUAAAAUGGGAUUAACAUUUGAAGUAGCUGAAGGAGGCUUUCUUGAUAUUGAUGUGAAGAUUACUGGUCCUGAUGAGAAGAUUAUUUACCAAGGCGAGAGAGAAUCAAAUGGAAAGUAUACAUUUGCUGCCCAUGUUGAUGGGGUUUACACAUACUGCUUUAGUAAUGCCAUGUCAACAAUGACACCUAAAAUUGUCAUGUUCUCUAUGGAUGUUGGUGAGGCACCCAAGGCACAAGAGGCGGAAGCUGAAGCUCAUCAAAAUAAGCUAGAAGAAAUGAUCAAGGAACUGUCCACCUCAUUAACAUCAGUAAAACAUGAACAAGAGUACAUGGCUGUUCGUGACAGAAUACAUCGUUCAAUUAAUGAAAGCACCAACUCCAGAGUUGUGAUGUGGGCCUUUUUCGAAGCUGUUGUUCUGGUUGCGAUGACGUUUGGGCAAGUUUACUACUUGAAAAGAUUUUUCGAAGUCAGAAGAGUUGUAUAAAUUUAUUUGUUUAUAUUAGGUGGCAGCACAAAUAUUUGUUUUGUUUUUAAAAAAAUUGUAUUCAUUUGCUACAACAAAUCAAUGUUGGCCAUUGUUAAAAACUCCACUUACAUCUAUCCUCAUAAACAGUGGUUAAAAUUUGUAUUAUUUUUUAACAUUUCAGUUUCUUCGGGUCAUGUUUUUUAUUAUGUUGGUUUUACUCCUAUAUUAUAGUGUUUGAAAUUCUGAAUUAUUUUUGUAAUUCUUAUUACUUGUUUUGUAAUUCUAUUAUUUUGUAAUUCUUAUUACUACAAUGUAAUUCUUAUUACCUCACUUCUUAUCUUAAAUACAUCACACAUGAUUUACAAACAAUGGUACUGACUCUACCUUUCAGUCUAUUUUAAUUUUAAAAAGUUACUAAGCAGGUUUAUUUGUUUGAAAUGAUGUAUAGAAAUAAAUCAUUCUUUAAAAAUUGAUGUAACCCUGAUGUAAAUUUUUCAUCUUUAAUAUUCAAAGCUGUGCAGAUUUUAAAUGCUUUUUCUGGAGAAAAAAAAGUGUGAAUCAGCAAUUGCAUCGUGUCAUUUCUAUGAAGCAUGUUUCAGUGUUGCCCAUUUUGAUUGUGAUAUAAAAAUUAGUUGUAACAGAUGCUCAAAACAAAAUUUGCAAUGGAGUUUUAAUAAAUAUUUUUCUCUCCA